CCAAGACACGCACACACACACGGAAAUCCACGGAAAGAUCAGCAUCAAACUUCCUCCCACUGAGGCUCUCUGAGUGAUCUCCUCUAACAUGCCUCGCUUGCUGCUCUACCUCACUGCCGUUCUCCAUUUUAGUACCUGUGGCUCCACGGAUCUUUGCAACGGAGACUAUCAGUGCACCCUGUGCACUGUGACCGGCCCCACCCUCAUCGAUAUCCACGGCCGGAUUAACUCUAUCCAGGAUCGCUGUGCGUACUCCCUGAUGAACACCAUGUCAAUCCCAGAUAUCCAGGUUCAUGCAACAUUCCAGGAGCGACGGCGUCAAGAUGUUAGCUUUUUGGACCGUGUGAUCCUGUCUCUGGACGAUCCAGGUGUUCAUAUUAAUCUGGAACAAGGCGGGAUAGUUCUGCUGGGCAGCACACCAAUGACGCUCAACGCCACGGCUCAGUUGGUUCACGGUGUGGAGCUCUCUAAGGACCAGACCGGAGUGACCGCCAAGAUGUCCCACUUGAACUACACGAUGACGGUCUUCUUUGAUGGCUACACUGCACAGAUACACAUUAAAGGACCGAGUGGACAAGCUGCAACUGUGGGAGGUUUAUGUGGCAACUCCAGCACGUCUUUCGCAGACUUGAGGCUCUCUGCUUACAGUGAAUCCGGCUGUGAAGAGGAGUAUGAGGACACCGGCAACAUCACGGCCCACUACAACAUGACUGAACGCUGUGAGCUCAUAAACAAGGAGGAUUUCACUGCCUGUCACAGCAUCAUUGCCCCAGAGCCCUACUCGACCGCCUGCUUGAUCACUUUGAGCACAUAUCCUGACGUGGACGGUCUCUACUGUCAGUUUGUGCAGGCCUACACCAGAGCCUGCAACUUGCACAUCAAUGACAAUCUGGACGGCUGGAGGUCAAAGACCAACUGUUACCCUCGGGCCUUCUGUCAGGACCGGUUCUGCAGCACUCAUGAGUUCUGCGGUGAGGACAGCAACGGCAAUGGAACCCGUUGUCACUGUCGGGCCAUAUUUGCCUCCCCGUACAUAUCCGAAGACGCUUUGGGUGACGAUAUGGUCUGUAUUGGGACCUCUCGGUUGGUUACUCUAGUUGGCUGUCUGCUGGAGGAAAAAGGCAUCAGCUACACUGACGUACACCUCUACGACAAGUCGUGCGUAGGUGAGAUGGACAACGUGACCCACAUGGUGACCUUGAGCUUUGACACCAAGACCAACCCCUGUGGGGCGAUGAUUAGGAUGAACGACAACAGCGACGUUAUCAACAAGAAUGCCGUCAUGCUGGAGACCACCAGUGAGGAAAUGAUUGACCUUACAUGUCCAUUCGUUUACCCAGAUUUUACCAUUGAUUUCUCAGUGAACAUCAAAGUCAAAAGUGGCUCCAGCAGCAGCACAUCGGUGGCGUACGUCACCACCGGAGUUUGGAACUACACUCUGACCAUGAAUGCCUACACCAACGCCGACCGCACUCAGGCGGUGAAACUGGACACCCAGCUCCACCUGAACCAGAUGAUCUGGUUUGAGCUGAAGGCGUACGGACUGGAUGAGAAAAAGGUUUCUCUGGUGACCAACUCCUGCUUUGCAACCAGCGAACCAUCACCCGAUGCAGAUCUAACUUACAACAUCAUCAAUAAUGGCUGUGCGAACCCCUCUGACGGAACUGUGACGAUGAGCGGCAACGGACAGGGAACAUCCAACUACUUCGCCUUCGGCAUGUUUCAGUUCGCCGGGAAAACUGGAGACGUCUACCUUCACUGCAGACUGAACGUGUGCUUAAACGACGACAACAACACCUGCAUCCCCAGCUGCACCAACCACGCGAGGAAACGCAGAUCGAUGGUGUCUAAAUACAAAGAUGAAACUCCAGCCAUCAUCAUCAUGGCCUGGAGCUCUUAGGUUCGUUUCCAUGGUGUAAACCUCCUGAACGAUUCCUGAUGAAGAGUCUUCCGCUUUCUCAACCUCGUCUCCUGAAAAGUUUAGCUCCGUCAUGAUUGCUGUGAAGCUGUGUAGCACAACAUAAACUGUAACAACAGAUGGAUUCAUUUGAGAUCAUCAUCAACACGCUGAGCGAAUCUUUUGACGGAAGGGUCCCUGAGCAGGAUUUCUUGCCGUGCUUUCCUCUGUGAUCUAAAACAUUAUAUGUCGCAAAAAAAAAAAAAAAAAAAAUUAUCUUAUUUUUCAACUGAGGGAAAAAUCUCAGGCAGUACAACUUCACAACACUUUAUAUUUGACGUAUUUUUCACCCAGCACAUAAUCAUGAUUAUGAUUAAUAGAUUCCAUCUUAAGACUUGAAAUAAAGACUAUUCAUCCAUCCAUCCAUCCAUUUUCCGUAACCUGCUUAUCCAGUUAAGGGUCGCAGGGGUGCUGGAGCCGAUCUCAGCUGUCAAACUGUGGCAUUCUGUUCUGCUGUAUCACUUCUACUCUGCUGUCCUUUCUAUGCAUGAAAAAGACAAAGACAAACAUGAGUUUGAGUCCUUUCAUUGAUUCAUAUUUUCUUGACUUUACACACAAUUUGGUCAAAGCUUUUGAUAGUUGACACAGCGAGUCCAGCGUCACACUACACAGAAAUAGAAGACGCUGCUGCAGCGACCUCUGACCUUAGAGCCACAAGGUUUACACUCAAUGCAAUGCGAGUUGUAC